AUGGAGUUGGUUGCGCCCCGGCUUCCCCAAGACCGUGCCGCCCCUCCUGCGCGACCGCGUCCCGGCUGCCCAGUUCGCCAUCACCGUGAAGUGCCUCAACCUCAUCCUCCGCGCGCUGUUCACGCUUCGCGUUGCCGGGUGGCUUGCCCUGCUCGGGGCGCUGGGCUCCGUGCUGACCACGGCCCUCGCCGUGUGGAAGAUCAAAGGCGGGUGGGGCUUCUUGAACCUCGGCCUCAUCUUCUUCUUCAUCACCCUCGCCACCAUCUGCUUCCUCGCCCGGAGACUGCACGUGAAGCGAAUGGUGAAGGAGUACCUGGAGCGGGUCAACCCGCGCUACAGCCCGCUCGGGCUGCACUUGCGUUUGGAGAAGCGAUUCCUGCGACGAUGGGUGCUCGUCAUCACCGUCCAAACUCACGACCCAAGCGCACCGCAGCACCUGCAGCCGCAGCGCGUGGGCUUCAAUCCGGAGUCCAUCCACACCGACCAAGCGCUGCCGGCGGCCGAUUCGAGCAACCACGGAGCUGUAGCCCUUGA